AUGUUCCGCACUCUUGGACGCAGCGUGUGCCAGAUGGCGCCUGCCAUGACCACGGCCUUUGCCAGCUCUGCCUCGGGCCUUGCUGCCUCGGUCGCCUCCACUGCCAGCAUCGGCGCCGCCAUCGGCGCCGCCCGCGCCUUCUCGGCCUCGGCUGCCGCCAUGACCUCCACCAAGCCACAGCUGAAACAGGACGCCGCAACUGCUGUCAUAGCCACAGUUGCGGCUCCCGAUCACUAG